GCUCGCACAACCGCAGGCACCCGGCCGGCUCAGCCUGCGCCGGGCCGCCUUGCUAGCUCCGGGCUCGGCAGGCGGCCCGUGGGGUCCCGGAUCGCUGCGCCCACAGCUGGAGACCAAGGCAGGCCCUGACCUGAGGCCCGCGAGACCUUCGGUCAUUUUUAGGGGAGGAAAUGCAGGCAUAGAAGGUACUGACCCCAGAAGCGGACCGGAUCAAGAGGUUCCUGCUCGCCUGUGGAGACAGCCUCACAGCAGACUUCUUGUUCCUCUGGCUCUUACAAUGUUUCUGCUCCCUAGUCCAAGAUUUUCCCUGGACCUUAGGUGUAAGCAUUGGGUUGCAGAUGUAUCCAAUGUGGCUAGAAACCCCACCAUCCAUAGAUCUCUGCAGUUUGACUCACUGUGCUUUUCUGUGAUGGUCUCUGCUGCAAAGAGAAGAUUUUUUGAUGAGGAGUGAGACCUCCACUCAUCUGUGGCUGUAAGGGUGUGACACCUUUACAAGCACUUUAUGGUAGCCCUCGGACCCCUCCACACCACGGUUCCACGCAGCUCCUGAACCAUGGGAGAAAAUGAGGAUGAGAAACAGGCCCAGGCCAGCCAGGUCUUUGAGAACUUUGUGCAAGCUACCACGUGCAAAGGCACCCUCCAGGCCUUCAACAUCCUCACCUGCCUCCUGGACCUAGAUCCGCUGGACCAUAGAAACUUCUACUCUCAGCUCAAGUCCAAGGUGAACACCUGGAAGGCCAAGGCCCUCUGGCACAAGCUGGAUAAGCGCGGCGCCCACAAGGAGUACAAGCGAGGAAAAGCCUGCAUGAACACCAAGUGUCUCAUUGUCGGAGGAGGACCGUGUGGCUUGCGCACUGCCAUUGAACUUGCCUACCUGGGAGCCAAAGUGGUUGUAGUGGAGAAGAGAGACACCUUUUCCCGGAACAACGUCCUACACCUCUGGCCCUUCACCAUCCACGACCUACGGGGCCUAGGAGCCAAGAAGUUCUAUGGGAAAUUCUGUGCAGGCUCCAUCGACCACAUCAGUAUCCGUCAACUACAGCUUAUCCUGUUCAAGGUGGCCCUGAUGCUGGGAGUGGAAAUCCAUGUGAAUGUGGAAUUCGUGAGGGUUCUAGAGCCUCCUGAAGACCAAGAAAAUCAAAAAGUCGGCUGGCGGGCAGAAUUCCUCCCUGCAGACCACGCCCUGUCUGACUUUGAGUUUGACGUCAUCGUUGGUGCCGACGGCAAUAGGAACACACUGGAAGGGUUCAGGAGGAAGGAGUUCCGGGGGAAGCUAGCCAUCGCCAUCACUGCCAACUUCAUAAAUAGGAACAGCACGGCCGAGGCCAAGGUGGAGGAGAUCAGUGGCGUGGCCUUCAUCUUCAACCAGAAGUUCUUUCAGGACCUUAAAGAAGAAACAGGGAUUGAUCUCGAGAACAUUGUCUACUACAAGGACUGUACGCACUACUUUGUCAUGACAGCCAAGAAGCAGAGCCUGCUGGACAAAGGAGUCAUCAUUAAUGACUACAUUGACACAGAGAUGCUCCUGUGCACAGAGAACGUGAACCAGGAAAAACUGCUCUCCUAUGCCCGUGAAGCCGCGGAUUUUGCCACCAAUUACCAGCUGCCAUCCUUAGACUUCGCCAUAAAUCACAAUGGGCAGCCUGAUGUGGCCAUGUUCGACUUCACCUCCAUGUAUGCCUCAGAGAAUGCAGCCCUGAUGCGUGAGCGCCAGGCACACCAGCUGCUCGUGGCCCUUGUGGGCGACAGCUUGCUUGAGCCGUUUUGGCCCAUGGGCACAGGCUGUGCCCGGGGCUUCCUGGCAGCCUUUGACACGGCAUGGAUGGUGAAGAGCUGGGACCAGGGCACCUCUCCCCUGGAGGUGCUGGCUGAAAGAGAAAGUCUUUACCGACUGUUACCUCAGACAACCCCGGAGAACAUCAACAAAAAUUUUGAACAAUACACAUUGGACCCAGCAACACGGUACCCAAACCUCAACUUGCACUGCGUCAGGCCUCACCAGGUGAAGCAUUUGUACAUCACUAAAGAACUGGACCGCUUCUCUCCUGAGAGAUGGGGCUCAGUGAGGAGAUCCGUUAGCCUCUCCAGGCGGGAGUCAGACAUCCGGCCUAACAAGCUCUUAACCUGGUGUCAGCAGCAGACUGAGGGUUACCAACGCGUCCGUGUCACCGACCUGACCACAUCCUGGCGCAGUGGCCUGGCCCUGUGUGCCAUCAUCCACCGCUUCCGGCCAGAGCUGAUCAACUUUGACUCACUGAAUGAAGAUGACGCUGUGGAGAACAAUCAGCUGGCAUUUGAUGUGGCCAAGCGCGAGUUUGGGAUCCUGCCUAUGACUACAGGCAAAGAGAUGGCGUCUACUGAGGAGCCCGACAAGCUCAGCAUGGUCAUGUACCUCUCCAAGUUCUAUGAGCUCUUCCGGGGCACUCCACUGAGACCCAUGGAUUCCUGGCGUAAAAACUAUAAAGAAAAUACUGACUUCGACUUGGGCAAAUCAUUCAUUCCUAAUAACUAUCUCAACCUCACAUUUCCCAGGAAGAGGACCCCACGGGUAGACACCCAGACCGAGGAGAGUGACAUGAACAAGAGGAGGCGUCAGGGCGUCAACAGCCUGGAAGAGCUGCCAGCUUUCUCCAGCCGUAGCUUGGGCUCCAGUCAAGAGUGUGCUAGAGAAGGCAGCAAUCAGAACAAAGUCAAGUCCAUGGCCAAUCAGCUGCUGGCCAAGUUUGAGGAGAACACACGGAACCCUGCAGCCCAGAAACAGGACUGCCACCGGGUCUCGGGCAUAGGUAAGCCUGUCUUAUGCUCUGCCUCUCGCCCUCCUGCUACCCCUCACUGCCCCAAGCUGGAGGACUCCACUCCCAGGCUUCCACCUCCUCUGAAAAGGCAGUUCUCCUCCGUGGUGGCUACAGGACAGGUGCUCAGAGAACUCAAUCAAGUACCUGCUAGUGGCGAGUGCCCAAGCAGACCCUGGAGAGCCAGGGCCAAGUCAGACCUGCAACUGGGUGGGGCUGAAAAUCUCGCCACUCUGCCUCCCACCUGCCAAGGGGCACUGGCCCUGUCUGGGGUGCUGCGGCGGCUGCAGCAAGUAGAAGAAAAGGUUCUUCAGAAGAGGGCCCAGAACUUGGCUAACAGGGAAUUUCACAAAAAGAACAUUAAGGAGAAGGCAGCUCACCUGGCCUCCAUGUUUGGACACGGGGAUUUCCCACAGGAUAAACUCCUGUCUAAACGUCUGCCUCACGCUCAUCCUCCAUCUCCUCCCUCUGGUCUUCCAUCUCCUGAUCCAGCUGCUCCUUCCUCUCCACCAGCUGCCGACUCUGUCUCUCCUGCCAGAAAGCUGACAGUAGGGAAAGUGUCCAGUGGAAUAGGGGCCGCGGCUGAAGUGCUAGUCAAUCUGUACUUGAAUGACCACAGACCUAAGACACAGGCCAUCUCUCCAGACCUGGAAUCCGUGCGAAAGGCAUUUCCCCUGAGCCUGGGCGGCAGCGACACCUGCUAUUUCUGUAAGAAGCGCGUGUUUGUGAUGGAGCGGCUGAGUGCCGAGGGUCACUUUUUCCACCGCGAGUGCUUCCGAUGCAGCGUCUGCACCACUACCUUGCGCCUGGCUGCCUAUGCCUUUGACUGCGAUGAAGGCAAAUUUUACUGCAAGCCCCAUUUCAUUCAUUGUAAAACCAACAGCAAACAACGGAAGAGACGGGCAGAGUUGAAGCAGCCAAGAGAGGAGGAAGGGACAUGGCAGGAGCAGGAAACCCCUCGGAGGGAUACUCCCGCGGAGAGCUCUUGCGCAGUGGCGGCCAUCAGCACGCCAGAAGGCAGCCCUCCAGGUAUCUCCACCUCCUUCUUUAGGAAGGCACUGAGCUGGCCUAUCAGGCUGACAAGAGGCCUUCUCGACCUGCCCCAGAGCCUGCUUAGGUGGAUGCAGGGACUCCUGAAUGCUGCUGGCCACCAUGUCAGGGACAAUUCUCACAACUACUGCUUCACGUUUGAGUUCCUGAGCCUGGGGCUGCUGCUCCUCUGGGCCUUCUCCGAGGUCCUGGCCGCCAUGUACAGGGAGUCUGAGGAGUCCCUGGAGAGUAUCCGCAGCUGGUUGCUCAGGUUCAUCCCGGUGAAGCUGCAGUGAGGCACAUACUGCCCCACAGUGCCCUAACAUUUCCAAGUGGAGACUGCAAUAUUUGUAGUUUGCUCUGGCUCUGGCCAGCAUCCAUAACCAAUUAGCUCCAAGCCAAAGAGUCCCACAUCAGCCACCUCCUCCUGGCUUUGACAAGGUUGAGCAUCUAUUCAUGGUGCUAGGACCAGGGACAACAUGAAGGAUUUUUUUUUUUUUUUUUUUAGAAAACAGCUUUGUAUUGUUUUGUCUUUUCAUACCAAAGCGAGCCAUUUUUCCAGGUUUACAUUUCAAUUUUUAACUUUUCAUAAGCCAAAAAAGAAAGCAUUAUUUUUCUACAAGUAUCAAUACUUCUAACUGUUUAAUUUUUAUCACCAGUUUUACAAGACUCUCAAACUUGGCAAUGAGUUGAGAUUUGUUGCUGCCAGCAACGUUAAUGAGUUGAGACUUUAGAGUCACAAAAUAGAGCCAGCCCUAGACCAGCGCCUUUUGAUUUUUGCAUACAGAUGCCACCUGUUCACAGUGGAUGCUGCGCUUGUUUGUUUGUUUGUUUUCAAAAAUGCAUAUAUGUAAAAUCAGUAAGGUUAAGAGAAAUAAGUAGGAGGUGUAGAGCAAACCAAAAUUAACCAAAGCACACAGCAGUGUGUCAAUGGUAUCUAUCCUCAGGGUCAGGGAGAGGUAUUUUACUUCUAUCUUUUGAAGUCAAACAGUAGCUUAAAGGCUCCCUUAUGCCCACCAAGUCACAGCCAAUAGCAUAGAACCACAGGGCUACUGCGCUGCAAACUUACAUGUUCCUCCCCACUAAUGGGUACUACAGCGAAGCCCACUGGCACUUGGCCCCAAAUAGCUCACAGGCUGAUGUGAUGCUGAGGACAAACUUUUUCAAAUGGUGUCAUUUUCACCUCUAUCAAGUCCUCAGCCCAGGCUUCAGGCUGAGCCAAAGCCACUCAGGUCCAUUAUGGUCAGGCUGUCUCCACCUGGUGUCCUUUGAACUGAGGGUACUUGCUGGCCCUGAUCAGAGAGCCUUGCUGGUGGCAUCCUGACUGCUCAGGCACAUGGCUGCCUUGUGUAUGUCACCCAUACAGUCAGAGAUCCUUCUCCUAGUGCUCCAGAAAAGAGUGUCUGGUCUUUGGGUGGCUUUGAACCCAUAAAUGUUUUCUACACUGGGUGUCUGGAAAAGCCUAAAGCUGUCCCCACCCAACUCUGUGAUGCUCAGCUUCUGUAGCAGAUUGAGCAACUGGAGGGUCAAUAAGGGCCUCCUAGGUUCUCAGGGUCUCCACAUUCACGGAGUGCAACUAUGGACUAGAAACUCAGGGUCUCUACCGUCACUGGGGACAGCUGUGGAGAGCUGUGGCCACUAGCACUCCCUCCAAGACUAAGAAGGACUUGUUAAAGACAAAGCGUCUUGAAAGCUUUGACGUAAGGUUCUGUAAGGUGGAGAAAGAGGGGUGCAUUUCCGGAGACUCUGUCCUGAAGUCCUGGGAAAGACAGGGUAUGGCUGUGAUCGAGUCUGUGGGAACCAGCACCUCUGACCUUGUUGGAACUAUUGCCAGUGUAAUGACGUACAUUGUAUUUGCCCUGCUUCUAGCUGGGGAUUUAAUGGUCAAGCAUGAUGAGAGAAACCCUUGGGUCCUAUUAUGUUUCAUUAUGCCACAUGAACUCUUGAGGUCAUAUUAUAGUGAUUUUCUCCAGCUCAGGGUGGGCUGAGAUGCUCUGUGGAAUGCUCUGGGAAGCCAGAGUGAACUCUCUAAAAAAAAAAAAAUGUCAUUUAUAGCCAUAAGGAGGCUGGUUUGAAUUACUCUGGUAGACAGGGUGUGUCUGUCUACCAGACUUCAGCUUGUGUUGAGACCUUGAACCUUCCUGGUGGGCAGCAGCAGGGGCGGGUUCUGGGAGACAGAUACUCCAGAAAUUCUGAAUUUGUCUCGAGGUUGAGUCUGAAGCCCCAGAGUAUAAUGGAGACAGAGGGCCUGGGAGGCGGGGGCGAAGGUUCCUGGGAACGUUUGGGGACAGGAAUGGGGAUCUGUGAAUAUGCAGACACUGUGUACCCACUCUUGGAAGUGGAUGGCUGGGCACCACCAGGAAGGUCCGUCUCACCUCAUCUGGGGGGUGGGGGGGACAGUGGUUGCCCUGUUUCCACCUCCAGUGCCUUUUCCUCUUGUGAUUUGGGAUUGUCUUACUCCCUCGCUAAGUCCUCCUUUCUGUCUUUCUCUUUCCAACCUCACACUGUGGCCGCCAGUGCGUUUCAGCCUUCCAGUCCUACACCCACUUCUUGGCUGACACUCCUGCUCUAAGGUGACUCAUUUUCUUGGCAAUUUUCCGAAAGAGGUACUAACCCCUACCCCGCUUUCCUUGCCCGUCCUCUGCACCCUCUGCGUCGGUGGUACUGGUAGCACUAACUGUGUCUUGCAUACUAACGGACUCUCUAAGGCAUGAGUGGUUAACAGCAUGGGGUGGGGGUCAGCUUGGAAGCCGUGUUCUGCCUCCCCUUCUUUGGAGCCCAGCCAGCAGCCUGGGUCCACGACAAGUGCAUGCCCCCCGCGCCUCCCCCACUCCCGCCACCACCCUGGACUGGCCUCUAUGCAUGCGCUUUCUCCAUUGCACCUUCAAAGCCUCUUAUCUUCUUGGGAGGGUUCACCAUGAUUGUGAGACAAUACCGUGUAAGGAAGCCUCUGUGGCUUAGGAAACAUUUCUGCUUAGUGGCCUUCUAAAAAGAACAGGCGUAGGGAUAUCUUCUUCUGUCACUUCUAAUACAAAGAUUCCCAAAGCCUUCCAUUGGAACCAUAAGUAACUCAGUGUGGCGAGGUUUUAAAAGUAUACUGGCUCCCAGACUCUGUGUGGCCAGCUUGCCCCAUGCUCUGUGCUAUGCAUAUAAUGAUGUUAGCAGCCCCUUCCUGUUUCAGCAGUUAGUCCUAGGGCCUUGUAUGCCUUUCAUCUGUCCCUGGGCUCCUAAGUCCCACUGGUUCAUAAGCCUUAAUCAGAACAGUCACAGUCACAGGAAAAGGGCUGGCUUUCAGAAAGAGCUCAGGCCAGCCACUGUAAAUGUCAACCUAUCUAAAGCACAUAGUCCCUCUGUUCAUUUACCUGGAGCAGCAGGAUGGUCAUGUGCUACUACAAAAAGCUACUCUACUACGGAGAGCAGAGAGUGGGCGUUGAGUCUAGCCCCACAUCCUCGGGCCUGAGUCAGAGUGCAUCCCGCCUGUAGCUAGAGCUACCCUGCCCUUCAGCUUCUGUCGGCCCUGCAUGCUGCACUUGCUUGCUGCAUUGGCGCAGUGCCCAGCCAGUACAAAGCCCUCUCCUCUCCUCUCUUCUUCUCUUCCAGCAUUCCCCUCUCUAAAAUGUCAACCAAAGAGAGCCCCCCUUGCUCUCAGCCUCCCUAGCUAGCCUCCUCCCCCUCUCAUGGCAAGGCAUGUCUGUGACCCUAGAGAAUUCAUUUACAGUGCCAUGUGGAACCCUGUAUUUUACACAGCAAGACGAUGUUUAGGUUUAUUUAUGAUAUUUUAUGCUGUAAAUGAAAAUAAAUAUGGUUCUUUAUAAA